UGUCUGUGUCCAUGUCUCCGCUGCGUUCCAGGCAACAUUCCCACCAAGACCGUCAACGUCCCGCCUGCUGUUCCACCUCUGGAUUUAAGUCGGCUGGAUUACCGCUCCGACUCUCGCCUUGUUAUUCCCCGCUGCCACAUUUAAAUAUGAGGCAAAGUUGGACCUCCAUGGACUGCACAUACGGUGACAAACAGUUAGAUUUUUCUCGUGCUUUUAAGAGCUUCCUAGCAUCCAAAAUGUUCUCACUUUUCUUCAGUAAAAGUGUUUUUAUAUGUAAAACAAAUUAGGCUCCUUCUCUGUGGUGUUGUCUAGUCAAGUAGUUUUUUUUGCUAUAUACAUUUGUUUUUUACUUGGCCAUUUUAAUGCGAAGAUGAGUGGGGAAGAGGGGUAGCAAUAUGUCUCCGUCUUCCCCUUUUUUAAUUCUAACGUUGGAUUUUCUGUUAUUUUUAAAACUGAAAAUGUGACUGUUGCACUUUUUUGUGUGCUCUGAUAGUGUGACAUUUUUUGGUUGGCUUUACAUCCGACUGCAGGUGAACUUACACAUCUUCCAGUUAUUCCCUCUCCAAGGGAACCCUUAAACUAAACUCUUCCCUGUUAACCCACUUAGACAGCAGAUCUCCCCUGUGGGGGCUUCUCUAAACCGUCUGUCCUACUCUAGUUUUUUUUGAGGAAAGCAAAAGCCGAACGAGCAAAAAGGGGGUACUGGGAAGGAAAACAAACCCCCCUCCCCAAGGUGAGAGGGGGGGAAGAUGGCAGCUCUCGCCAGUUCUCUCAUUAGACAGAAACGGGCUGUCAAGGAGGACCCAACCAACCGACCGGUAGCCAACAAGCGGAAGCCCUGUCCUAAGAGCAACAAGUCCCUGUGCCAGAAACAGAUCCUGGUCUUGAUCUCCAAAGUACGACUAUGUGGGGGUCGAAAGAGUCGAAACGAGAAAAGACCGGAGCCACAGCUGAAAGGCAUUGUUACUCGACUAUACAGCCAACAUGGAUACUACCUGCAGAUGCAGCCUGACGGGACCAUGGACAGCACAAGGGAUGAAAGCAGCUUGUUUUCACAGUUCAACUUAAUUCCGGUUGGACUGCGGAUUGUGGCAAUCCAGGGGGCAAAGACAGGAUUAUACCUGGCCAUGAAUAGUGAAGGAUACGUCUAUACCUCGGAGCACUUCACUCCAGAGUGCAAGUUCAAGGAGAGUGUGUUCGAGAACUACUACGUCACAUACUCUUCCAUGCUCUAUCGGCAAACCCAGUCUGGCCGCUCCUGGUAUAUCGGUAUCAACCGCGAUGGACAGGUCAUGAAGGGCAACCGGGUGAAGAAGAACAAAGGAGCUGCGCACUUCUUGCCAAAAGUUAUAGAGGUUGCGAUGUAUAAGGAGCCGUCGCUACACGAGCUCGCCCCUGAACCGGUGAGUCCUCCACGCAAGACAGUGAAGACGUCGGAUUCGCCGUCCCUGAAGAACGGACGGAAAGAAGCUCCCAAGGCUGAUGCUUCAUAGCACAGGAGACCGAGGGUGGGGCAAAAAGGGCAGCAGUGACACUGGGAAUACAGCCGCCUGUUAUGCACUGAGGGUGGCUCGGGUAACGGCCCUUCAAUGGCCACCUUAUUCCAGAAGUGCGCUACGAGAUGCUGAAUGAUAACAGGUCAGCGGUCCAUCAGCAGCCGAGAACACCUGAGAGAGGAGUCCCCCCCUCACCUGUCACCGCAGCGAGGGACUGAGC